UUGGUCGUCAGUGAAGAAGGAAACAAACAUGCGAGUGUUCACUUAGUUUGCACAUUUAAGAAAAGCAUAUUACCGUUUGACUUGUUUAGAUAGAUUGGCAUAGGUAGCAGUCAGUUGCGUUUAUUUUUUAUCUGUUCAUCGUCGUGUCAGAUUUCAUCUUGUUUACGUUUUGCCUUUAGCAGGGGAGCUAACGCUAACGACGUUAGCCGGCUAGCUUAGCUAGCAACUGUCCAAGCGUUAGCUUUCUAACGCUAACAGUCUGUGGCGAAAUGGCGGCCAACACGACGCAAGUAACCCCUACAACAAACUGGUCCUAUGGUGGUUCUGGAGACGGCCAGGUUCAUGAAAACCCAGAAUGGGAGAAAGCAAGACAAGCACUGGCAUCUAUUAACAAAAGUCAGAGCUCUGCUAAGACUACACAAGCCAACCGGACAGCAACAGCAGAGGCCGGUCAGUUUCAGCCAGCAGUAACUGACUCCGUUGCCAUUCAGCAGCAGCAGCAGCAACAACAACAACAACAGCAGCAGCAGCAGCAGCAGUACUAUCCAUGGUACCAGCAAACUCAGCAGCAUUAUCCUGGAUACACAUACCCCUAUAAUUACUACUACCCCAUGGGUCCAUAUGGAGCUACAUACCCACCAAAUCAGUAUGGUGUACCUCCAGGGCCUUACCCGGGAACUCCUACCUCCAAUGGACAGCCUCCUCCGGUGCCUGGAAUGGAAGACCAGUCCCCCGGCUACCCCUCCCAACCACAGCCUCCUCCCCCUGCGACUCCUCAGCCACCCCAGAGCCCAACCACCUCAGAAAACCCCCCUCCUCCUCCACCCCCACCAAUUCCUCCCCCACCCAACUCCCAGUACCCCCCCCCCCCCUCACAAAAUGCUUACGGUGCUAAUAACUCCAUGCCAUACCCACCCGGUGACCCCAACCAAAUGCAGGUUUACAAUCAUUCCCAGGGAAGGCCAAACUAUGGACAGGGCUUCCAGACCCAGAACACCUAUCAGCCCUCGCAGAACCCCUCCCAGCAGCAACAGCAGCCAGGCCAGUAUGUCCCAGGGCUUGGCAGAGGAGAGGCCAACAAAAACAAAAACCAAAAACAAGGACAACAACUGUGGCACCGCAUGAAACAGGCACCCGGGACAGCGUCUGUAAAGUUCAGUAUUCACAAGAGGCCCUAUCAGGUUCAGUGUUCUCAAAUGUCCAAUCAGACUUUCCCUCCAGGCGAGCAGCCCUCAGGAUUGAAUCCAGCUCCUUCCUCCCCAGCUACUGCGAGCGCUGCACCUGGAGGGGCUCAGACACGACCCCAGGACUGGCCCCAAGCCAUGAAGGAAUACGUGCAGCGCUGUUUUACAGCCUGUGAGACGGAGGAAGACAAAGAUCGUACAGAGAAGGUUCUGAAGGAAGUGUUGCAGGACCGGCUGAAGGAUGGCUCUGCUUACACCAUUGAUUGGACUCGUGAGCCGCUGCCAGAACUAAAGGUCAAGCAGUCUCGCUGGGAGGCUGUUCCAUCCCAGAGGUCCUCAGACGGCUCUAUUAGCCGCGGUGGAAGUACAGUGGCUGCAUCGUCAAGAGGCAGGGGCGGUGGACACAGACUGGGCCACUACAGGAAUGUAUUUUCCCAAAGGAGUCCAUCUUCUAGUUCCUCCCGCUCCUCCUCCCGCUCUCCAUCCCCCUCCCAUGGCCGACACAGGGACCGCAGCAACCAAAGGCACAGACGCAGUGAUUCUGGCUCACAAUCGGACAGCAGCAUCUCCAGUGACCUCCGACCCCAGCUGUCACGAAGGAAUCAGAGAGGUGCUCGUGGUCGUGGUAAUGACAGGGAUAGAGGCCGGGGAGGUGGAGAGAGAGGACGAGGAAGAGGAGGAAAAGCAAACCGAGGAAGGCGAAAUAUGGACGAUUCCACUGCAGCUGUUGGAAAGAAGAGGAAAGGUGGCAACGCCGGUCUGGAUUUCCACGACCCCAACAGAGAAGCCAAAAAGCAGAGCAGAGCGGCUCGUUUCCACAAGCAGCUGCGUUCAGAGCCCCUGGUCCUCUCCAUCAAUGCCCUGGACUUACCUGAUGGGACACAGGAGGGCCUCAGCUGGGAGGACUGCCCCAUUGUGGGGACAUGCCAGGACAUUUCCAAGCCCUACCUGAGGCUCACCUGUGCCCCGGACCCCUCCACUGUGCGCCCUGUGCACGUCCUGAGAAAAUCUCUGCAGGCUGUGAAAGUCCACUGGAAAACCCACCAGGACUACACCUAUGCCUGCGAACAGAUGAAGUCCAUACGACAGGACCUCACGGUCCAAGGAGUUCGUACUGACUUCACAGUGGAAGUGUACGAAUGUCAUGCACGCAUUGCACUGGAAAAGGGAGACCAUGAAGAGUUCAACCAGUGUCAGACGCAGCUGAAGGCCCUGUAUAAGGACAAUCCCUCAGAGAACAUUGGAGAGUUUACAGCGUAUAGAUUGAUGUAUUACAUCUUCACUAAAAACUCUGGAGAUCUGACCACGGAGUUGGUGUACUUGACCCCGGCAUUGCGGGCAGAUGACUGUGUGGCUCAUGCUCUGGCACUCCGCGCUGCCUGGGCGUUAGGAAACUAUCGGCGCUUCUUUAAGCUGUACCUGGAAGCCCCGCGCAUGGCUUCAUACCUCAUUGACAAGUUUGUAGAGAGGGAAAGAAAGGUUGCUCUUCGGGCCAUAUUCAAAACGUUCAGGCCCGACUUGCCGGUUGAAUAUGUGCAGUCCAAUCUGGGCUUCUCUUGUUUAGACUCCUGUAUGGCCUUUCUUACUGGGCUAGGUGUCACCUUCUGUCAAUAUGACCCCCAAAAGAUAGACUGCAAAGCCAGCACAGCCACUUUGGCUGCUUCCUGAGGAGGUGGGGGGUGGUGGGGGUAGCACCAUGAAGGGAGAUGUGAAGGGACCAUCAUGGAUCCUUACAUAAACAAUGCACUGCACUUCAGACACCUCAGCCUGUUCAGACAGAUAGGGUAGUUGGCAGACUAACAACAAUAGACAACCCAUAUAGACAGAUACACGCUAGAAUACCCAGCUGCAAGACUCAGACUCCAGAUGUUAUUUCCGACACUCAGAUAAAGUUUGAAACAUGAGUCUGCACACACUGUCACUCAAACAUUAUAGAUCAGUCUGAUGCCCAAACCACAUUUAUUAUGCCAGUAAAGUGAGUGAACGCUUUAGAUUUGGGGUUAACAUGUAAUCUCAGCACUUAGAAGCCAACAAGUCACAGAUCCAGAUCAGGGAGGCACCCUCAUGGUUCCUGUUCCAUAACCACCGUCAGAUGUCAAAGCUAACAGUGUUCUGUUAUGUCUUUUCCUUCCUCAAGUCAACAGCUCCAAGACCUGAAGACUCAAGGCUUGUCGAACCAAAAGGGAAAUACAAACAGCUGUUCUUCAAGUCAUUCAUCCAGUGAAGCCCACAGAUUCAGGUCAGCUUCACAAAUUCCUCUUAAAGACUGUGAAACAACGCGGUGAGAAGAGGUGGUGGUUUGUAUGUCCUGUCCUGCAACCGGUUUCCUCAAGGUGUCCGCAGCUGGCUGCUCCGCGUCCCCAGUCAUAUGGCCGAUAAGAGCAAUGGACUGAGUCUUAAGUUUUGUUCCUGAUUAAAUUACGUUGCAUUCAUUCGCCAGUCACAGUCAUGAAAUUGUUGGCCAGCUGUGGGGAAAAAGUCUCAAUCCGAUGAGCAUUGACUUUGUGUGUGAUAAAGGAUAAAGGCAAGUGUUCUUCAUCAAGGUGAUCUCCUCAUUCCCUCGUCCCCUUGAACCAAGCACCGUCUCCAGAAUCAACGCAGCUUUAGGCAGAGAGGGAAUCUGCUCCCAUCGUCCUCAGGUAGACGUCCCGCCAGCAGCCUGGAGUCCAGCAGAACCCGAUCGACGCAGCAAAGUGAUGAAGCCCGUCUUUCAUCCCUGUUCAUCUUUAACCUCGCCAGCUGCUUUAUGAAAAGAAACAGGCGGCCGUCUCUAAAUACAGCUGACAGCUGAUGGUGGAGCAUCAACGGGAAAACGGCUGCUGUUACAAGAAGGAGUAACAACGAGUGGUUUGUAUGUUACAUCUGGCUGUGGUUUGCAAGGCUGGUAAGCGAGAGGGACUUCUCUGGAAGGAGGUGGAUGACGGCACAGCAGAGACGUCGCCUCACGUCUUCUGUGUCUUUUUUUUAAUCUUGUAGGUUUUUUGGUUUUUGUUUGUUUUUAUUUUUGGACAGCAGUAUUCUUUUGACCAAAGGCAAAAGCAUUAUGAAGCUACAAAGCAUUUUUUAAUGAAAAUUCCUAGGUUGAUAUUGGACAGAUAAAUUGGUAUAAUAUCCGAUUUGAUAAUAUAUUAAGUGCCGGUGAUGGUGACAAUGAGAUCCCAGAUUUUUUUCUGCACAUGUACUUGUGCUGUCUAAAUAUCAAACGGUAAAUUAUUUACAUUAAAACAUGAGUUUUAAACCUACGUAGACAGUAAUAACGAAAGAGGGAGAUGCAAGUCGAGUAAGUUUUUCCAGUAAUUCUGAUGAAAUGUUAUAAAAUACAACCUGCGAAUGUAGCGUUUUUUCUCCCAAAUAAGCGGCAGUGGAGUUGGUUCUUUCUGAUGCGUUUUUGGUCCAUUUUUCCUCAGGAGAUUUGUGUUUUUUAGGAUCUAGAAUACUGAUGGUGGUGGUGCUCACUAUUUUAGGUGAUAAUUGAGAAGAAAUAUUAACAACAGUACUUUAAGUAGCUUGAAAAUAUCAGGAAAUGUCCCGUUAACCAACAGAACCUCUCAAGCUGGCUAAAACUAAUACUGCUUUUCACCACAUCCUUUAAUUUGGGUCUUCAUAUAGAAUGAUUGUGCUGACGCUGAAAACACAGGUCCACAUUGUUCCUCAUAUUUAGAUUUUUUGAUUUUAUUUGAUCAGUAUUGAUUACCACUGAAGAAAUGUUGAGCCGGAGGUAUUUAAGACUGUGGUGUAACAUGAGUGGAUGCAGGCUUGCUAUACAAUCUACAUGUUUACUUGUCUACAGAGUAUAUUUUUGUAAAUAUUGUAUGAUAUUGCUGUGAUUUCUUUUCAUUAAGUGCAUAGCGUAGGCUGUUUUUGUUCACACACGGGUAAGUGUGAUUUUUUUUUUUUCUUUUUGUGAAUAUGUAAACUUAAAUGCAGACAGAUCUGGAUUGGCUUGUGCGUUAUGUAUUUCCCAUUACAGUGGAGAUAAUAAUAGCAGUUUCCAGUGCUAGUUUCUCCUAUUACAGCCCGAAAACAUCAGCACAGCCUCUCAAACCGCACUGUGGCGAGACGUCGUGCUUAAUUUCCAGUGAUGUGACAUAUGUGGUUGUAAAAAUUGUCCAUCAGGCAAAAACACACUGCCACAUUUGUGUCACUGAACUGUGGCAGUGUCCAUUCAAAGCUGAUACAUACAGUGACAAAUGGGAUCACGAUUUCUAAACAAAUGCUAUGUUAACGCCUUUCCAUCAGAUUUGACAGAACUCCCGUAAACCUUGACCGUUAAUUUGUUUUGUCAAACUGCUCACUGUUGACCAUUAUUUCAGCAAACAUUUUGUAAUGACAACAAUCUCAACAUGUUUUCUUUCUUCCCCCUUCAUUUACCUGACCCCCUGCCCUCUUUGCUGUUCCCUCCCCUCACUCCCCAAACCCUCCUCUCACACACCACCAGACCUCUCAUUCUUCAGCUCGUAGCACUGCUGCAUUGCAGGAGCACAUGGAGCGAUGUUAAGUGGGCGAAUGACCUCCAGACGCCAGCCGGAGAGUGAAAUUGUGAGCAAUCCAAGUGUUGGUUUGACCCACUCGAGUUGAAGCCACACAGCUGAUGAAAUACAUGGGAGCGUCACACAGUGAAAUACAGAAAAAUGUUGCUGCUAACAGAUUUGCUGCUAACCCAAAAAUUUAAAAUGUUUACCGUGCACCAUGAUACCUGUUUAGCUUUAAAAAAAAAAAAAACCCAAUGUUUGAUGAUUGACAAAGUCACCAUGUACUGCUGCUUUCUGUUUGUCCAGAUGCAUUUAGACUUUAUUUAAAAAAAUUUAGAAAAGCGCCUACAGACAUUUGCUGGUAAAAAAUUGUAUUUGUUUUCUUUCAUCCUCUUUAUUUAGUUAGGAAUCCUUUGGUUGGUGUUUGAUUGUGUACGAGUCAAAAAGUUUCAGUUGAGACUAGUUUUGAGAGUUUAAACCCUCAUUUAAGAAAUGUGUCUGGACAUACAGAAUACGUUGUUACCCUCAAAUUCUCCUGCAUUUAGUAACAUUUUUUAUUUUCCAUAGCGAGCUUUCUUUUUUUAGGCAGUGUUUCUUAUUUUGACCAGUGCUGGUGUGUGCUCCCAAAUUAAGAAAUGACCCUUUGGUUUCUUCUUAUGUGUAUGAGCUUGACUGAUGGUUGAUUGAUUUAUUUUACACAUAUUUAAAGUGUGUACAUGUGAUGUCUCAGGUUUUCAGCAUUGAUACAGCCCAGGAUGUUUGCUCUCGUUUAUUUUUUAAGUAGAAAUAUUCACCCCGAAAAACUAACUACACAUUUUCAUUUUGGAUGUUUUGUUUUCCCCUCUCUGAUGCCCGAGUCAUGUUUUCAGUAUUUUUUUUUUUUUUUUUUUGCUCCCAUGUUACUGUACACCUCCUCAUCAGUCUCUCUGUAACUCCUCUCUUGACAUUUACUGGAAGAACUCCCAUGUCCCUCUCCUCUGCUGUGUUCAUUUUCUUUGAAUUAGUCUUUUCUCUGUUCUCACUUUCUCUUUUUUCCUCUCCCUGCAUGCUGUCCUCUCCUGCUCUCUCCUACAGAUCUCUAACCAGUAUUUGUUCUCCUCACCCUUACCUUUUCCUUUUAUGUUGAGUAUGUUUGUGACCGUCUGCCGUGUGCAUUUAGUCACUCUCACUAGUAAGUAUUGUAUUGCGUCUGCAAUGCUUUAAUAGAUUAUGUUGCGGCUCACUAACAACUGAAGCUGAAGGUUAAUCUGCAAUGCCUCCUCUCAAUCUACAGAUCUGACAUGAUAAACUGCCAUUUUGUAAAUAACGUGUAUAUAUAUUUUUUUGGAGAAAAAAAUCUAAUAAACUUCAAGUAUAAAGGG